UAGUAGAGACGAAGUUCUGUAACGAGUUGCGACGACGAACCAGUGUGGUCACGUAAGCCCACCAUACCGCAUGGUGGAUACAUGUUUCCUUUAACUCGACGUUGUAUAAAAUGCUAUAAUUGUGUAUUGUUGUUAUUUUGCAAGGGACACAACGAUCUUGUGGAGCAGCCAUCUCCAGCCUUGCAUACGACUGCUGGCAUAUCCCUAAUUUUACUUGAAUAUUGUUGGAAUAUAAUUAAAUCAUAAUCUAUAUAAUUAAAAAGAAAUUGGAGCUUCUAUUAUCUGCUCCUUAAUAUUAAAGCACUAUAAAAAUGAAGUGGUCACCUGGUGCUUUAUUCUGCGAACAAGUUGGUGAACUCACUCGAGUUUUCUCACAAUGGAAUGAAUGUGAACAAACUGUGGUUUUAUAUGCACUACUUCGUCGCAUUCCUGCAGUUCAAGCAAGGUUUCUUGCACAAGCUGUGCAGCAUUCCUUGCACUCUGUUUCUGAAUUAGAUACACAGGAAUUAAAUGCCAAUAAUCCAGGAUUUAUUAAUUCAUUACUCUCAGAAUCAACUGAAGUUGCUAUAAAUCAACUUCUAACACAUUUGCCAUUAUUAAGGCCUGGGAAUAUAGAGUGCAAACAAUGCUACUUGGUAGCAAUACCAGAAUUAGUAAGCCACUGUGUAACUACAGGACAAUAUACUGAACAAACUCAACAACUUUUAAGUUAUUGUUUGAUUCAUCCAGCUAUAACUAGUCAAGAUAGACGUUCUUUAACACAGUGGCUUCGGCAUCUUGAAGAACGUAUUAGUGGUACACCACCAAUACAUGGUCUUGAAGAAUAUACUAAUACUACUAUUAGAUGGGAUAAUGCUUGGCAGCGAAAUUCUAAACAGCAAAAUGAACAAACAAAUUUGUUUGGCACACAACCCGGUACUGCCUUCAAUUUACAAUUUCCGCCACCUGUAACUCGUCAGCGCCGAUCGAACAGUUUAACACCACCCGUCGCUCCUCCUCAUCAUUUAGAAGUUGUUGAUCGCACGAACAAUGUAAAUUGCACAACUAAACACAAGCCACGUAGUUUUAGCGUAUCUGGAGAUCAUGCAAGCAAUCUUAUUGGAUUAGGCCCAUUGAGUCCUCAAAGUUCUUGCGCAAGUAGCGGCAGCGAAGGACGUUUAGAUGAAACAUCUAAUCGAUCGCUAGCUAGUGGUAUGAGAGAUGUUCCAUCGUGGCUUAAAACUUUGCGUCUUCAUAAAUAUAGUUAUUUAUUUGUCACUCUUAGUUAUGAAGAAAUGCUGCAAUUAACUGAAGAACAAUUAGCAGAACAGGGUGUGACAAAAGGAGCUAGACAUAAAUUAGCCCUUUCUAUUGCAAAAUUACAGCAACGAUAUACAACACUUUUAAAUUUAGAAAAAGACUUAUUACAACCAACGCGUGAUAAUACACAAUCGGCUUCGUUUUUACAAGGACCAACAGUUUUGGUCAAUACAAUUGAUGAAUUAAAAACCAUUUUAGCUACACCUAUGAAACCAAGUCAGGAAAAUGAUCCUCAAGAUAUACCUGGUCAAUUUACCAAAGUUCUUGGUAAACUGUGUAGUCGAUUGGCACUGGAUAGCGUAGAUGACGGUAUUUUAUGCGCUUGUAUUAACAUAUUAGAAAAAGUAUUGCAACAUGAUUGCUUUACUCCAAAUCAAAAGGAAAAGAUACAACAGUGGCGCAGUAGACUUGGAAAUCCACGACCAACUCCAAAAUGGCAACAUAAUUACGGAUAUAAUAAUAGAAGGUAUUGUAACCCUCAGCAACACAAUAGAAAACCAAGUUUAAACUUAGGACACAUUCAUAAUACACACCCGCAAAACAAUUCUUUUGUGGUUAGCACUCACAGAAACAGUAUAUCUACCCCAUAUUUACAAAAUAAUCAGAACCAAAGUGUAAAUCAGAAUACUUUACGUCCAGUUCAUGCGACCAAAAAACGACCUAGUUUACAAGAAUCUAGUUUACAGCAAUUACAAAGAACAUUACAGCGCACAUAUAGUGCACCGAGGGAUCAUUUUCUUAGUCCAAGUAGCAACAAUGCGUCUGAAACAACGGAACCAGAAAUUAACUCUCGUCUUGAAUCUCUUUGUUUAAGAAUGACAGAACAAGCCAUCGGUGGUUUCGGCGAGGCCUAAUAAUUUCUUCGUUUUUUUCGUUGACUGGAUCUACACAGUAAGUCCUGUUAAAAAAAAUUAUAUACAUGUCCGAGCUCCGUUCUUUCAAAGCCGAAGGCUAGACUGACUUCCGUACAUGUUGCGAAUAUGAAGAGACUCCACCAGCAGUGAUAAUGCUGACAAGUUGCACGUACAAACGUGCACACAUUUUCACGCUUUAAUAGCCCUACCAAAUGAAAUGUCUAAUAUUUGAGACAUUACACCAAGAACUCAGUUUUGUGACGUCAGAAUGACGCAUGAAGAAAAACUAAAAAAAAAAAAAAAAAAAAAAAAAAAAAAAAAAAAAAAAAAAAAAAAAAAAAAAAAAAAAAAAAAAAAAAAAAACUAAAAAAAAAACUAAAAACUAAAAAAAAAUAUUUUUUAUUAUAUCCGAUGCAAUUAUUAUACUAUUUAAUUGAAACUGACAGAAUUUGGCAAGCCAAAUGCUAUUAGGAAGAUAGAUUCUUUCCUUGACUAAUUGCUGCAUCUAUAUAAAUGUAUUAUAUAAAAAAAUAUAUAUAUGUAUACACAUAUGAUAGAAUUUUAUGGGAAACGGAUAAAAAAAAAAAAAAAAACGUAUAACAUAUAUUAAAAAGAAAAAAAAGGGGACGAAAAAGGUACACCACAUUAAUUGUGCGAUGUUUGCAAUAUUAUUAUUUUCGUGUGUUAUCCAUUUCCGGAAAUGGAAUUUCUCUGAUUUUAAGCGCCAGGACACAUUAUGUACUAAUGUAAUGUUAUUCAUUUUAACGAACUGACUGAUUUUAUUUCUUUUUAACAUUACCAUGAUAAUUAUCUCUCCAUUCUAUCUCUUAUCACCACCGCCGCUAUUGCUAUCAUUCAAAACUUUAUUCCCUAUUGCUAUCGUUAAUUAUUAUUCUGGCCGAUAGCUAUUCACCACAUUAUUAUUAUUAUGAUGUUCAUCAUUGUCUUUACUAUUUGUCAUAUUAUUAUUAUUAUUAACAUCAUUAUUAUAGUUAUUACUAUAAUUAUUACUAUGUAAACUCUUAUUAUCGCUUCUGUUACCACUAUUUCUCUGGGUGACCACUAACAUCAUUAUCAAUAUGCUUUCAUGCUUUUGCUAUUUUUACUCUCUUACUGUUACGGCUGUCUCUAUUAUUAUCAUCUAUCAGCUAUUACUAUUACAACUAUUCUAUUACAAGUAGCCCUCACCAACUACUCUUACUAUUAUGAGUAUUGCUAAUAAUACUAUUAUACUCUCUUUACUAUUGCUGUAUUAUUACUGUAUAAUUCUCCUUAGAGAAAAGAAAAAUCCAUAUUUAAAAAUGAGAAGAUUUUACACAUAAUAUUACUUCGUUACAUAUAUUGAGAACAAAACAAAAGGAAAAGACGAAGCAUUAUCACUAUACACAUUUAAAUUCGCCUUCGCCAUGCUGGAAAAUGGAACAAAAGAACAAAAAACGACAUAGCGGUGUGUAUGCUUUGUAGUUUGCGCACAGAUCUCGUGAGUCUUUACACUCAUAUACGAGGGAGAGAACCAGAGAGAGAGAGAGAGAGAGAGAGAGAGAAAGAGUUACCAUGUAUUAUUCCUUCUUUUAAAGUUGCUGUUAAGACUUAAAAGCAGAAAGAAAUGAUAAUGAUAAAAACCUUAAAAGGAAAGGAAAAAAAAAAAAGAAUGGAAGAAGGAUAUAAAAGUUGGCAAGAAGAUUAUUAAUAAUAAAUGGAGUUUUAAAGGCCUUAAAAAAAAGGAUAUGCGUCCCUUGUUAACGAAUGCUAAAAAAAAGGGUAUAAGACUAAAUAAUUAAAUAUACACAUAUAGCAAAAUGCGUCGAGAAAUGAGAGAACUGAAGAAAUGAAUUUGCAUCAUACUUUUAUGAUGUGACAUCGAAAUCUGUGGCUUUAAAUUAUAAGCAUACAUCAUACUAUUCUAUAAAUAUGCACUUAUUAGCACUUUAAACGUCGCGGAUAAAACGUAGCAUAAUAUUUUUCGUGCAAGGAAGAGAAAGAGAGAGAGAGAGAGAGAGAGAAAGAGAAAAAAAAAGAUGAGAGAGAAGAUUGAUUAGGAAAAAGAUGAAAUCGAAGGUCAUGAAAAAUAUGGAGAAGAUUAAAUUUAAUAACUAAAUAUAAUAGUAUUAGUGAUAUAAACUGAUAUAAUGUAUCGAUAAACAAUACGCGAAACAAGCAAACAAACAAGCAAAAAAGAAAAAAAAAAAAAAAAAAA